AGAAAAAAAAAUUUCCUUCAUCUCAAUCCACAUCACAAUCAUUAAUUGUUAUUUCUGAUCAGCUCUCUUCUGGUUGAAAAAACUUUCGAUUCAUCGAAGUAAAACAAAGAAAUGACGACUGGAAAGAGUAAAAACACGAAGAAAGACUGUGCUGACAAGAAGAAAACUUCGAAAACGAAGAAGAAGACUUCAAAUUUGUCGGUUUCAAGAUCCCAAACUUCUGUGGAUAUGAAUGAGAAGGACAAGGCAAAGGAGGCAAAGGAGUUGAAAGAGAAGAAGGCAAAAGAAGAAGCCGAGAAGAAGGUUGUUGCCACACCGAAGAAAGAUGCCUCGAAGGAUCAUGCAAAGAAGGAGGAUGAUCCUAAUAAGCAAAACGAGCCAAGUGGAAUGGAUGUUCUUGUGAAGGAGGACGGCAAGAAGACAAAGAUGGACGAUGGAUACGAGGAUUUUGGUCCAGGAGCUGGUGCUGCUCAAUGAGCAACUGUCCGAGAAACUGAAUCGAAAGGGAACAAUUCAAUAUUGUAUUGUAAUAAAAGUUUUUUU